AUUUUGCGUUUGUGUGAAUCCCACCCAAAAAAGGUACCCAAAAAUAAACUCAAAAAUGGACGCCAACAGUGAAAAUUCAAAAGACGCGGUAAAUCAGAAAAGCGAUGACGAGUCCAAGGAGAAAAAAUUAGAUGUGAAACAGGAUACGGAUGGCAAGUCAGAAGCGGGAACAACAGAGGAUGAUGAUGUGGACAAUGGUGAGAAGGAGAAUGACGAAGAUAAGAAGGAUAAAAAGGAAAAUAGUGAGAAAGUAAAGGAGGAGAAGCAAAAGGGUAGCACCGCAAAGAAGGGUGCUGAAAAGCAGGAAUCUAGUGCCAUACCAUUGGGACUCAUAGCCAAGAUCGACAGCAACAUUACAAAUACAAAAGCCGAUGGGCUACAGACUCUGCACUUGAUCUGUUUUGACAAUCCCGGAAAAGUCACAAUGAUUAAGAAGAAUCUGCGCAAAUUUUCCGGAUUUGCCUUCGAUGAGGAAUCCGAUGAGUACAAGGAAAAACUCGAAGCUGCACAGAAGCACGAUGUGAAGUUGCUGAAGAAUGUCUGUGACGUUCUAAAUUUGGACAAAAAGGGCGGCAAGGAAGAACUAGCUGAGCGCAUAUGUGGCUUUCUCCUAGCACCCGAAGGUGAUGAAGAGGCCGCUGAAGAGGCAGAAGAAGAGGCCGAAGAGGAGAGCGAAGAGGAACCAAGACGUUCCCGAAAAGUCACAUCAACCACAACAUCCGGCAGACCGAGACGUUCAACAGCCGGUCGCGGUUUCAAUCCUGACUAUUCCAGUUCAGAGGAGAGCGAUGAGCGCUUCUCCAAAACAAAGGGAAAGCGCAAAAAGGACGACUCAGACAGUGGAUCGGAUUAUAAUCCUUCUGGAGGUGGUUCAGACUCAGAUGCUGGUAAGAGGAGGGCACCACCCCGUGGACAGAGGGGUCGUCCAGCUCGUCGUAGCAAACGCCAACGGUCUGAGAGUGAAGAGGAAUCACUGACAUCCGAUGAGGAGAGUGACGAACCGAAGCGAGGUGGACGUGGACGUCGCCGAGCUGCAGCAACUGGGCGCAGCGUGACGCGCAAGAAGAGGGCACAAAGUGACACGGAGGAAUCUGAGGCAGAGAGUGAGGAGAGCGAGAAGAAUGGCAAGAAGGGGCGAGUCAACAAAAAUAACAAAUCUUCCGGAAAUGCAAAGUCCAAGUCAACGCCAUCGCCGGCAAAAGGUAAGGCACGUCCGAAGCGUACGGCCGCCAAGACUAAAGUUACAAAAGAUCAAACCACAAGCGAAGAAGAGGAAGAAGAGCCCGAAUUGGAUGAUAAGGAAGAUGCUUCUGAAGAUGAACCAUUGGCUAAGAAGUCCAAAACAACCUUCCCAACUGAUGAUGAAAUCAAGGGAUACGUCAAGGAAAUUCUCGAUGAUGCUAAUCUAGAAGAAAUUACGAUGAAAACUGUUUGCAAGCAAGUUUAUGCAAAGUUUCCACAGUUCGAUCUGUCACACAAGAAGGAUUUCAUAAAAGCAACCGUGAAAUCUCUGAUUGCAACAUAAAUGGGAAAAUAAUCACUUUCUCAUUUCAAAAAAAAAAGAAAAGAAAUUUUAAAAAGUGAAAAGGGAAAGAAACGGAAAGAUUUACUUUGUCAUUCAAGAUAAGAAACAAACACUUUUAGUAUAAAAGGAAUAAAUAUUGUGGAUAAGUAAAACUUCCGUUUGUCUAACUUUUACUUACACAUUAUUAAGUGUUUUACGCCUGCAAAAAAAAUCAAUUUUAUCUUCAAAUAAAAUAUGCAAACGUAGUUGUUGCAAAUGUUGCAGGACA